AUGCUCGUCGGUGGCCCAAAUGCUCGAAACGAUUAUCACGUAAAUGAGACGGAGGAAUGGUUUUAUCAGUAUAAAGGAUCCAUGUGCCUUAAAGUUGUCGACAAUGGCGAAUUCAAGGACAUUAUCAUCGACGAGGGCUCCAUGUUCUUACUCCCACCGAAUACCCCCCACAAUCCAGUCAGAUUCGCUGACACUAUCGGUGUCGUCAUUGAACGAGUCAGACCUAGCAAAUCCAUCGAUAGACUGAGAUGGUACUGCAAGAACCCUUCACAUGUCACUGCUGAUAAUCCAAAUGGUGGCGCUAUCAUACGCGAAGAAUCAUUCCACAAAGUGUGA